AUGGCUUUGGCAACUCAAACCGUUACUCAACUAGAGUCCGUUAUUGAUAAGUCGGUGAAUGACCCCAAAGGGAUUCCCGGUGUUGCUGUUGUCGUUGUUGGGCGGAAUGGCGAGCUCUUCUCCCAUGCGGCGGGCAAGCGAGGGCUCGACUCGUCGGAGCCAAUGACGGUCGAUAAUGUCUUCUGGCUCGCCUCUUCUACCAAGAUGGUUACUGGUAUUGCCAUUAUGCAUCUUGUAGAGCAUGGAGGUCUCAAUCUUGACGAUGCUGAUCAACUCGAGAGCCUGAUACCCGAGCUAAAGGAUAUCCAGGUCGCACAAUCAGACGGCACACUUGCCCCUAAAACGAGCAGAAUUACGCUGAGAAUGCUUCUAACCCAUACAUCGGGUUUCGGAUAUAGUAUAUUCAACAAACUUCUUCUUCCUUAUGCUGAGGAGAUUGGGAGUGACGAGGCAUCUCCUCAAUUUCCAUUUCUCAAGAUGCCGCUUGCUUUCAACCCUGGAGAGGACUUUGCAUAUGGCUCUGGAAUUGAUGUAGCCGCCAUCGCCCUCGAGCGAGCGAGUGGCUUGGCCCUUGGUGGGUACCUGGAUAAGCACGUAUUCGGGCCGCUAGGCAUAAAGGAUAUUUCUUUCGUUCCAAGCCAGUCAAUGCGCGGUCGCCUAGCCUCCAUGCACCAGCGAGACUCCAACGGAAACCUUUUAGUUCGGGAUAGCCCAUUCAAGGCUAACGCUGAAGUCGAUCUGAACUCGGCUGAGGCAGUGGCUGCGGUUGAACAUAGCGGCGGUGGCGGCUUGUUUGCCACACCGCAAGAGUAUGCAAACUCACGCACGGGAAAGCAAGUGCUGAGUAAGUCGAUCAUCGAUGACAUGUUCACAAACCAAAUCCCCCAAUUUCCCAAUUUCGCACGCGCGGGACUGCAAAGUGCGCGGCCAGACUUGACACAUGAAAUCCCUGAAUUUUAUCCCGUCCCAGGUAACCCGCCUCAGGGUUGGGGUCUUACCUUCUUGAUGAGCAAUGGUGGUGCCACAGGCAGAUCAACCAAGACAGGUCACUGGGCAGGACUACCGAAUGUAUGGUGGUGGUGCGACCCAGAGACUGGUGUUGCAGGCAUUGUUGCAACGCAGAUUUUGCCAUUUGGCGAUCCCAAGGUUCUCGAACUUUGGGGCACGGUUGAGGCAGUAGUGACAGCAGCCAUGAAAGAUUAA